GCCUGGAGUCCCUGCUGUGCUUGCUCUUCGCUGACUGAUUUAUCUCACACCCAAGCCUCUUGAGGGACCCACACCUUCACUUUUCAGCGUGGUCUCCAGAGAGGUUCUUGCAGCCUAGAGAGAUUGGCUUCUGGCUGAUGAGUUUUCCCAGCCUUAAAAGUCACCUAAGGGAAUUCCACAAAGACUUAGGCAAAUAAGCUCAGAAGUGGAGACACGCAGGCAGCUGAGAAACGGAACAUUCAGCCUGCUCCUGGACGUGCACCACACACCCACGGCAACCAGAGGCCAUCACCAUGACAAGGGACCAGAAUGGAACCUGGGAGAUGGAGAGCAACGACAACUUUGAAGGCUACAUGAAGGCGCUGGAUAUUGAUUUCGCCACCCGCAAGAUCGCAGUCCGCCUGAAUCAGACGAAGAUCAUUCAGCAGGACGGCGAUAACUUCAAGACGAAAACCAACAGCACGUUCCGCAACUACGACUUGGAUUUCACCGUUGGCGUGGAGUUCGAGGAGCACACGAAGGGCCUGGACAACCGGACUGUUAAGUCGCUGAUCACCUGGGAAGGCGACGUCCUCGUGUGCGUGCAGAAGGGGGAGAAGGAGAACCGUGGCUGGAAGCAGUGGGUGGAAGGGGACAAGCUGCACCUGGAGCUGACAUGCGGUGACCAGGUGUGCCAUCAGGUGUUCAAAAAGAAGUGAUGGCCCUGAGGGGGGCUGCUCCACACUCCCGGCGAAGGGUUCUUCACCGGCUUUGAGACGAAGCCGUGGGGACCCUCCCACUCCUGACAGAGCCGUUAAGACAUCUGGGUGGGUUUUAAAUGUAACGAAUGUGUACCAGUGACAAACGUAUUUUUCCUUCAUUGAAACCUGGCAUUAAAUGAAAAAACAAAAGUCA